AGAGCGGCGAUGUGUGGUAUCGACAUAAAGACUUUUGACAUGCCUUACCCCCAAAUGCCUCGGCCAGCUCUUGCGUCGCAGACCAUCAAUGCAAGGCAGGCCGUGCUGCGCAUGUGUGGGGACUUCUGUUUGUUGGCUAUAUGUAUGCUGUCUGACCCAGCACACUCAACGAUCACCGUACCACACCGCGGAUGGAAAUGUGGGUAUGCGACCAUGACCGGCAUCACAUCACACGGCUUCUACAGAAGGUGCUCUGCUCGUCUGGCACCCAGUGCACCCUAGCACCGGUAGUCGUGAAGCGCUCUAUUCCUGCUGCCUGCGAUGCGAAGCGAAGCCAAGCGGAUUCUUGGCAAAGAAAGGGCUCCCUUGGUCAAAGAUAAG